AUGUCUCCUGUACCUGGUUUAUUGGAUAUGAUGAGCAAUUGUUCUUAUGCAAGAUUGCAUCACUGGAUUUCUGGUUGGGAUCCUUGUUUGAGCAUACCAAAUGUCCCAUACAGAAAUUUUCCUUAUGUAGCUGCUCGUCGUGGUGACCUAAUUGUAGAUCGGAAUGAACAAUGUGAUUGUGGCUCCUUAAAACAAUGUUCUAAGAAUAAGUGUUGCAAGACCAAUUGUGUCCUUUUCCGUGGCAGUGAUUGCAGUGAAGGACCCUGCUGUGUUAACUGCAAAUUUGCUCAACCUGGAACGAUUUGCAGAGACCAACUUGGUAUUUGUGAUCUGCCAGAAUACUGUGAUGGGAAAACACAUAAUUGUCCAAAUGACAUGUACACCCAAGAUGGAACCCCAUGUUCAGCAUUAGCUGUUUGUGUGAGAGGAAACUGUAGUGACCGUGACAUGCAGUGUCAAUCCCUUUUUGGCUUCCAAAUUAAAGAUGCUUCACCGAAGUGUUAUGAACAUUUGAAUAUACUAGGUGACCGAUUUGGCAACUGUGGAGUGAGGGUGUCACAAGGAGGAGGAAGACCUUUUAAAUGUGAAGAAGAUAAUGUUCUUUGUGGAAUGCUGCACUGUAGUAAUGUCCAUGAAAUUCCUGGUGGAGGUGAGCACACUACAUUUCGUCAUAUAAUAAUACCAGGUGUUACAGAAGAAAAAUGCUUUGGAUAUGACGCACACCAUGGGACAGAUACGCCAGAAAUGGGGCUUGUAGUGGAUGGUGCAACAUGUGGCCCAGGAAAAUACUGUUUGAAACAGAAUUGUACUUUUUACGAAGACAUGGGUUUUGACUGCGAUGUCAAGACAUGCAACUUCAGAGGGGUGUGCAACAACAAGAAACAUUGUCACUGUAUGAAAGGUUGGAAACCACCAUCGUGUGACGAGAGAGGAUUGGGUGGUAGUAUAGACAGUGGUCCCCCACCUGACAGAGAAGUAGGUCUCACACCCAAAAUAAUUGUGAAGGUAAACAAGGCAGUACUUCUACUGACUCUUCGCUUAAUUCUUUUUGUGACUUCAAUCAUCAUUGGUAGGUUUCAUCAUUUAGAAGAGAUACCAGAAGAAGAGAGACAAAGAAAACCCCCUAAACGCAAGUAA